ACAUUCACAUUCGCACAAGAUAAUGUAAACCCAAAUCGGGUUAGAAGCGUUAAAGUUCCAGCGGCCUGCGGUAUCAUUAAUUGACCCUUCGUCCUCGUCCGUUCUAAUUCCCCUUGGUGGUCCUCAAGAACGCAAAGUCUUCCCUCAUCCAGAAUCUAAGUUAUCAAGAUGGGCUUGAAACAAGCUAUUAAGAGCAUCGACGCAUUCCCUCGGGCUGAGGACCACUUGUUGCAGAAAACUCAAUCUGGGGCAUUUGUCUCCAUAGUAGGUCUGAUCAUAAUGGCAUCACUGUUUUUGCAUGAGCUGGGAUAUUAUCUUACUACCUAUACUGUUCAUCAGAUGUCUGUAGACUUGAAACGUGGAGAAACCCUCCCGAUUCACAUAAAUAUGACAUUUCCUUCAUUACCUUGUGAUGUCCUGAGUGUGGAUGCUAUAGAUAUGUCAGGCAAGCAUGAAGUGGAUCUUGAUACUAACAUAUGGAAACUUCGUCUAAACAAUCAUGGCCAUAUCAUUGGCACUGAGUAUUUGUCUGAUCUUGUUGAAAAGGAACAUGCAGCUCACAAUCAUGAUGAUGAGAAGGAACAUCAUGAUGAUUUGGACCAGAAGCUUCAUGCACUUGGAUUUGAUAAAGCAGCAGAAAAUAUGAUUAAGAAGGUCAAGCAAGCAUUAACAAAUGGAGAAGGAUGCCGGGUUUAUGGGGUACUAGAUGUGCAAAGGGUCGCUGGAAACUUCCACAUUUCAGUUCAUGGAUUAAACAUUUAUGUUGCUCAAAUGAUUUUUGGAGGAGUGACACAAGUCAAUGUAAGUCAUAUCAUUCAUGAUUUAUCAUUUGGGCCAAAAUAUCCAGGAAUUCACAACCCACUUGAUGGUACAUUGAGGAUUCUGCAUGACACGAGUGGAACCUUCAAAUAUUACAUAAAGAUUGUCCCUACUGAAUACAGAUAUAUUUCUAAAGAAGUUUUGCCAACAAAUCAAUUCUCUGUCACAGAAUAUUUUUCUCCUAUGAAUGAGUUCCACAGAACAUGGCCAGCUGUUUACUUCUUAUAUGAUCUGUCCCCAAUCACCGUGACAAUAAAAGAAGAGCGCCGCAGUUUUCUCCAUUUCAUUACUCGACUUUGUGCGGUACUAGGUGGAACAUUUGCUUUGACAGGUUUGCUUCAUUUGAUGAUUCUGUAAAUGAUUUAACUAUUUUCUCCAAGUAAAUGAAUGUUGUUACUUGGGAAUAUAUUGCAUCUGAAGAGACUAAGGUAAAUGUUUUUAAUUAUUCAUAGUCUUUCUGAACUAGCUUUGAACAAAUUCAAAUUUCGUUGGGCUGUAAUUUGGGAUUUGAACAAGUUUUGGUUUGAAUCAAUACUUCCGUUUCUUGCAAAAUAAUUGAUUCUUCUCAUUUAGAACGUCCAGCUGAAGUUUGCAAUUUAGAUGGAGAAUGGCUGAUUCCAUUCAUACCUUGCCUUAAUUGGAUGGAUUGCUUCUCCCAUUCGUACUUCAUUUUUGCUCUUAAUAAUGUGUUCGCUCAUCAAUGAUGCUCUUUUUUGACCUUAAAACAGGAAUGCUUGAUCGCUGGAUGUACAGACUUCUCGAAGUACUGAGUAAACCAAAUCCUAGAGGUAUAUUGCAGUAAAAAGUUUUACAGUUGACAAUUGCCAUUAACCUUAGAUGUGCAUCUCAAAUGAAUUCUCUAUGCAAGCAAAGUACUCAGUGGUUCCUUGGGUUCAGUAUCCCACCUUGAAGUUAAGUUAGAAGUAUCAAAAAGGAGGGCAAAGAAAACUCAUGCUGCUUGUCUUCCGAGACUGAUACUGUAGAUCUUAAAUGUGAUCAUUUAUUUUUGUUCCUCACAUAUUCCAUGAACAUUGUUCUUAAAUUAGCUGUCACAAAUUUUGUAUACCGUUUCUAGAUAUUUUUGAAUGUUGCAGCUUUUGUGGGCAACCAGGACUGUGGAAUAGGUAAACCAUCCUGGGUUUCUUUUGCAUAUAAUGGGUUUUCUUAAAAAUAUUUUUUGUCUGGGAUGUUAAAGCUUCAUGAAAUUUUUAGGGGGAGUGUAGUGAUAGUUGGUGACAUUUAACUUGGACUCGAGUAAUAAAUGAUCGGCUUGAGU